CUGGAGUGGCUAUGGCUCCCUUUGGAAGGAAUCUAUUAAAGACCCGGCAUAAAAGCAGGGCGUUCUCCUUGCUACUAGAACUUGAGAACCCGUGGGAGCUGAGCUGGUUAAUCGAAAGCUGUGGUCGAUUUUGAGACUCUACUCUGGGGAUAUCUGUCUCCCUCCGUCCUAACCCCCCGCACCAACUUUUUCCGAAGUUUGCCUGGAUGUAGGAACUGGGUCCUGAAAACUUCCAAGACUCCCUCCCGUUUCUUACCACAUCCCUUUAAUUAUCUCCAGACAAGAACAUGGCUUCUGAUGAAAGGGAGAUAGUGGUUUGGAUAUGCCAGGAGGAGAAAAUUGUGUGCGGACUGACAAAGCGCACAACCUGUGCUGACGUGAUCCAGGCUCUACUAGAGGAUCAUCAAGCUACAUUUGGAGAAAAAAGGGUUCUUUUUGGACAACCUAGAGAUUAUUGUAUCAUAGAAAAAUGGAGAGGCUCUGAGCGGGUCCUUCCCCCGCUGACAAAAAUGCUGAGACUUUGGAAGGCCUGGGGAGAAGAGCAGCCCAAUUUGCACUUUGUUCUGGUGAAGUCAGAUGCUUUCCUCUCAUUUCCAUUGUGGAGGACAGCUGAAGCAAAGAUAGUACAAAACAUAGGAAGACAAUGGGAGCUCAGCCCAGCGAAUUACAUGAAGAUGUUGCCAGUGGAUAAGCAAAAGAGGAUUGUUAGAAAGACUUUCAGGAAACUGGCCAAACUUAAACAGGACAAUACUCUGCAAGAGCGAGACAAUAUGGAGACAUUGAUUCAUCUGAUCAUUUCCCAAGAUCAUACCAUUCAUCAGCAAGUCAACAGAAUGAAGGAAUUGGAUACGGAAAUUGAAAAAUGUGAAGCCAAAUUCCAUCUAGUUCAGGUAGAAAAUGAUGGAGAAAGUUAUGUGCAGGAUUCUUAUUUCAUGGCUACUCCAAAUGAUGCUGAGCAACAAACACAUGUGCCACAUAGUCAACAUCAGAUACAUGAAUACUUGAGCAAAAGUGAUGGAAUUUUACAGAUGGAAGAAGGACUGAAACAUCACAAACUACUCAUUGAAAAGCUCUGUGCCGAAAUUGAAGAAGAGGUAAAAGGUGUAUGCACUGAAAAAAAUGGAGAUGGUAAAUGCAUGGCAGAGGCCUUAAAUGGCCAACUAGAAUCCUCAAAUUUAGAAAGUGUCAAACAUGAGUUGGAAAAAAGUACAAAAGAUGGCUUGAGAAUCCACUCUCACUUGAGCUGCAUUCAGAAAGAGCUUACUUACAGGGACUUGCUGCUGCAAAAGAAGGAAAAAGAAUAUGAACUCCUUGCAGAAGAAUUUAAUUCACUGCAUAUCAAAGACAAAAUUGAAUCCAGAUUUCCAGCUAAUGAAGAGCAAGCAAAAGGCAGCGAGGUUACCAACAAGUGUGUCGCAGUGCCAGACUUUGUUCGUAAAGUGACUAAUUUAGACAUAAAUGAUACGGACUCUGACACUGGAAUCAGCUCAACUCAUAGUCAGGACUCUGAAACAGCUUUAGGAGACAUGAUAUUGUUGUCAACAUAGCUGGAGGCCAUUGUGCACAUGACAGAGAGCAAUAUAAAAACAACCAUCUUUGGGGGAUAUUUAUCCUUUUAAUACUCUUGCUAUCAUAGGGUAUGUCUACACUGCAGCUGGAAAUGAGCCUCCCAGCCUGGAUAGACAGACUUGUACUAGCAGAGCUUGAGCUAGCUCGCCAAAAACAGCAGUAUGGAUGUCGCGGCUAGGGCUGCAACCUAGGCUGUGAAGCCAGCCCAACCCCCUAGACUUGAGAGCCCGAACUACAGCCCAAAGAACAACAUCCACUGUUUUUAGUGUGUUAGCUUGAGCCUCACUAGUGCAAAUCUGUCUACUCAGACGGGGAGGAUAUGGUAUAAGACAUGCCCAUAUCGUCGCAGACCUCAAGGUGUUGACUACUCUGGCCCCAAUCCAACAAAGCACUUUAGUAUGUGUGUAAUUAUGAACACAAGGGACUACACGUGCUCAAACUGACACACAUACUCUAGCAUGUAAGUAAUCCCGUGUGUUUACAGUUACACACGUGCUAAAGUACUUUGCUGGAUUGGGGGUCGGAGUGCUCAGGGUUUUGUGAGACUGAGCUUCAUUGAGACAAAAGUAUUCUGAUGGGAGAUGGCCUGAACCAAAAUUCCAGAUCUGAACCCCUCUGAUCUUUGGGUCCAUCUCUACAUCUGACCAUCCUUUCAGGAAUGUGGACAUAAGGAAUAGACCAAUUUAGACAGACAACUUGAUUAUCUGCUCUGUUACACUGGCUUUCUUCAACUGGAGUAACAGGGUUUAGGAUAAGGCACACAAUUGGUUAAAAUGUAGUUUUCAUGAUACUGUAGAGCUGAUAAAAAGCAUAUACUUUUUAUGUUGUAUAUUUAAAUUUCAUUACCACAGAUCACAAAGGGUAAAAUUUUCAAAAGCACUUAAGUGCCAUUUUCAUAAGUGACUUAAGCACAUAGAUUUAUGUCUACACUGCAAUUAAAACCCAAUGGCUGGCCCAUGUCAGCUAAGGGGCUGUUGAAUUGUAAUGUAGACAUUCAGGUUUGGGCUCGGGCUGGAGCCCAAACAUCUACACCACAAUUAAACAGCCCCUUAGCCCAGGCCCCUUGAGCCCAAAUCAGCUGACAUGGGCCAGCUAUGGGUGUUUAAUUGCAGUGUAGGCAUACUCAAGCAGUCUCAGUCCCAUUGACUUUCAGCAAGAUUUAGGGUUGAAAGUUAAUCUGGAAUAGGGUAAGUAAGAAUUUAAAGUUAAUUGUUCCUGAUUUAACACCAUGUCUGGAAUUUCUUAUUCCAAAAUGAGAGCUUCCAUACAGGGAGUUAAUCAGGAAUAAUUAAUUAGGAAUAGCUGAAUAACUCCCUGUGGUAGACAAGCCCUUAGGCUCCUAAAGACCAGGUCUUCAGAGGUUUUUAGGACCUAACUACCAUUGAAAUUGGUGGGAGUUAGAUGCCUAAUACUUUUGAGGAUCUGGCCCCUAAGUCACUUAAGAAUGUCUGUCUGAAAAUUUACCCUGAAAUCUGACAAUGUAUUUAAUGGGAACUAUGUACUAGCUAAGCAACACAAGUUCAGUCAGAUCCUGGACUUAAGUCUUAAACAAUGAAUGAAAAGAUGACGUAUAGAUAGCAUAAAUCUAAAAAAAUGUCAACUACAUUCUUUUCCUAUCCUAUAUUUUGGCGUUCAUUAGUGUCCUCCCACUACCAGUAUCUGCCAGUCAUCAGGUUUUCAAAAUAACUAGAACACUGUGGAUUUAAGAUUGUAAAUAUGACUUUGGAGAGCAACAUUUCCUGAACACCACAAAUUGUUUGUUUGUUUUUAAAGACUUGUGAACUCUGGACUUUAUGAAGAGAGUUUGUGUUUGCAGGUAUCUGUCUUGGAUGUCUUAAUAUAUUUUAUCACUCAACAUUAUAUAGAAUGAUUGGGAUGCUUCAAGUGUAACGUGGAGCUCAGCUACAUGAGUUCUUGAUGUAAACUCAGAUCUACAGCAAACAAGAUAUCUUAACUUUGUAAUAAUUUAUUAACACAACUCAGCAUCUUUUGUACUCUGUGUGUCAUGUACUGAUAUUAGACGUUGCAUGCAGUUCUCAGUUCAGAGCUUUGAAUGUUGAGAGCAGACUAAUGUAUUUCAUGAGUUCUUGUGCAGUUAGAGAUUUUGUUUAAUGUGUCAGCAGUUUUUAUAAAUACAGUUGCUAGCCUGUCUUUUCCUAUUGAAAUUCUUUCCUAUGCAGAAGGCCCGCACUAUGUCUUUGGGCCACUUCAUUCCCACAUAUGCCCUCCAUCAAAAUAGGGUUUUUUGCAGAGCUGGGUAGUUGAUUUUUCAAGUAGGUGGCAAUUCUAAAAAUAAUAAUACGAAGAAUUAGGUUAGAUUGAACCAAAUCUGAAAAUGUCUAGAAUUUUCAGUGAAUUGGAAAAGUCCAUUUCAGCUCUGCUCCGGAAUGGGGAUUGAAAACUGGGUUACCCACAUCCCAGGUGAAUGCCCUCCUAGAAAAUUAAAGUGAAGGAGAGGGACAGCAGCACCUUCACUGCCUCUGUUCCCAUCAACACCAGUGCUACUGCUGGUUGCUUUGUUGCUCAAACCAUACAUGUUAAAUCUGCGGAUUGACCAAAACAUUUUCCAUUGAACAAUUAAACUGAAAACAACUAUGCCUAGUUCUCUUUAUGUGAUCCACAGACCUUGUGCUGGCCCUCCAGAAAGGGGUGAAUUUCACCCACACUGCAUGCUUAAUUGUGCACCCAUUCCUUGUAAUGUGUAGAUCCAAAGGAUAUUGCUCUCUAUUGAGAGGGGGAAAAAAGCAAGAAAACCAAGGCAGGAUACAAUAUUUUGGUUUUUUUUUUAAAAUUCACAAUGAUUUGAAGCUCAGCCUCACUGUCUGCAUCAAACCUGAAUUCCUUAGAUGGGCUUAAAUAAGAAAUACAAUACAUGCUCAGUGCUGUUUUAGCUCCCUCCUGUUGCUAAAUCUCUGAUAAAGUCAAGCUUAGCGCACUAUCAAGGUAUCUUGGGGGAAAAAAGCACUUUCCCAGUAUUAUCCUUUUGCCUUCUUUCCCUACUCAGUUAACAGAACAUAAGAACGGCCACAUUGGGUCAGAUAAAUGGUCCAUCUAGCUCAGUAUCCUGUCUUCCAACAGUGGCUAAUGCCAGAUGCUUCAGAGGGAGUGAUCAGAACAGGGCAAUUAUCAAGUGAUCCAGCCCCAGUUGUCCAGUGCCAGUUUCUGGCACCAGAGGCCUAUGGACAUUCGGAGCAUGGGGUUACAUCUCUGACUAUCUUGGCUGAGAACUAUUGAUGGACUUAUCCUCCAUGAACUUAUCUAAAUCUUUUUUGAAUCCAGUUAUAGCUUUGGCCUUUACAACAUCCCCUGGCCAUGAGUUCCACAGGAAGUUGUCUUUCUUUUUCCUAGAUUAGCUAAGAUGUUUGCCUUCCCUUGGGAACUGCAAAAUAUUAACCCCUUAUGUUUAUUUCCUGUCUCUCUUAACUCGUGCUUCUCUGGCACCCUUGCACUCUGAUUUUAUGACUCAUGCAAUUCCAUUGGGUGAGCAAUACUUACUGAUUAAGGGAAACACAAAGAAUUGCUGCAUGAUGGUGCAACAGCUCAGACUGUGGGGAAAAAAAUCUCCUCACCAAAGAAUAAAAGGGUAUGAAUUAGAGUAAAAUAUUGGGGAAGUCAGUACACUGGAUUGAAGUGGAGGAAGGGAGAAGUGUUAUUUUGAUGACAAAUAGUUAUCUGUUGAGGAUGGGGAAGAAUAGCCAGGUGAGUGGGCCUGCACCACUGCUAUUUUGAGUUGGGAUAAUUUGGAUCCAGAUAUGAAUCCAGGACAAGAACCUCAGCUGUUAUAAAAUGGUGUAGCUGAAGUCAGUUAAGAGGCACCGAUUUACACCAGAUGAGAAUUUGAUCCGCGAACUGGCAAGGACUUCACUGAAGAAUUCACUCUUGCAUAUAUAAAAUAACCAAUAUAGCCUCUGCUGUUUUCCCAAUGCAUACUGGAUAUAAUUCCAAGUUUCUGCAUGAUUAAUGUGUAAUUUUACAAAUUUGAUGGAACCAGAUAAGUAAAAAUGUAAUUACCUGUUUCAGGCUCUUGACGACUCUUUCAUUUAGAAGACAA